AACUCUUUUCCUUGGUUUAUACCCUGUACCCCCAUUCAUUCGUUUGAAAUCAUCAAGAUUUGUCUGCAAAAUAUAAUUCAAGGGAAAGAUAUUUAAUAUGAAAGUUAAUACCUUGUUUCAAUCUAUAGUGGUGUACACUGCUGUGGCCCAUGCUAUUAAUCAACAGCAAAUUGACUUGGAUUCUAAUGACAAUGGCUUAGCCAAGCGUGGUCUUUUCAGUUCUAUAUUCGGUUCAAAGAAUUCAGACUCUGAUAACACUGACUCCACCGAGUCCACUGAUUCCACUGAUUCAACUAAUGCUAACGACUCUAUUGAUUCAACUAAUGAAUCUUCUGCAGUGAACAAUUCCACUUCUUCAUCUUCCUCCUCCUCGUCCUCCUCCUCCUCAGCUUCUUCGACUUUGGUGCCUACUGUUGCGAACGCUGUGGCACAAGCUACUGAUUCCUCUUUGGAUUCUUCCUCUUCAGAACCUUCUUCUACUUCUAAAGGUCUCUUGGAUAGUCUUUUGGAUCCUGAUUCUGAUUCCUCCAGCUCGCAAAGCUCUUCAACUGUUGCUUCUUCAUCAUCCUCCAGCUCUUCCAGCUUGACUUCAUCCUCUGCUGAUCCUUCUUCCUCCUCAGAUUUCCUUGAUGAUAUUUUAGGCUCCGAUUCUAGCUCAAGUACUUCUCAAACCGUUGACGCUGCCUCAGCUACUGCUGCUUCCCGUCAUGGUUUGAUGAAUUUGAUAAAAGGAAAUGAUUCAAGCUCUUCAACCGAAGCUUCAUCCACCCUUUCUUCAAGUAUCGAUCCUUCUUCUAGUUCAGAUCCUUCUUUACUCAAUAAAAUCUUAGGUACCAACUCAACUUCAACAGAAGAUGACGAUGAUGAUGAAGAUGAAGAAGACUGUGAUGAUGAUGAUGGUGGUGAUAAUACCACAACUACUACUUCCACCCCAGGUGAUGGUACUACUACUUCAUCUCCAACUACUACCACAAGAACUUCAUCUCCAACCAACACUACAGUUCCAGAUGAUGAUGAUGAUGACGAUGAUGGAGAAGAUUGUGACGAUGAUACAACUACCUCAUCUCCAACUACAACCGCUAUUCCAGGUGGUGAUGAUGACGAUGAUACUGCUACUACUACUACUAAAGGGUCUCCUCAAGAUAACACUACUACUAGAACUUCAUCAACCACCACUACUGCUGCUGGUGGUGACGACGAUGACGAUGAUGAUGAUGACGAUGAAGACUGUAUCGAUGGUACCACCACUACACAAUCUCCUGGAGAUGGAACUAUUACCACUACUUCAGCAGCAACAACCACUAUUUCAGAUCAAACUAAUGGUGGCUCAGGUAGUGGCUCAGGUAGCGGAUCAGGCAGCGGAUCAGGCAGUGGAUCAGGCAGUGGAUCAGGUAGUGGAUCAGGUAGUGGAUCAGGUAGUGGUUCUGAUGGAAACGUUGUUACCAUCACCGAAUACUAUACUACCACUAUUACCACUGUCAAGAAUGGUGCACAAACUACUUACACAACUGCAUUGGCAACUGCUACUACCACUGUUUCAAGCGAAUCAGAAAAUGACGAUGAUUAUGAAUAUGUAACUGAUGACGACGACGACGAAUCUUGUGACACUGCAGUAUCUACUGCUACAUCUACUGUUGCUGCAGGCUCAGGAUCUUCUGGCUCCUCAGGAUCUUCUGGUUCCUCAGGAUCUUCAGGUUCCUCAGGAUCUUCAGGUUCCUCAGGAUCUUCAGGCUCCUCAGGAUCUUCAGGCUCCUCAGGAUCUUCAGGCUCAUCAGGCUCAUCAGGCUCCUCAGGCUCUUCAGGUUCAGGUGUUUCAUCAGGUUCUGGAUCGGGCUCAAACUCUGGAUCAAGUUCAGGUUCUGGCUCAGGUUCAUCUACCGAUGUUUGCGAUGAUUAUGAUAGUGACGAUUACGAUAGUGAUGAAGAUGAUGGAGAUUCAUGCUCUAACGUCGACUGUGAUGAUGUUAGUUGUGAUGCUGACUCUGGUUCAACCUCUACUGUUACUGCUGCCACCACUGUUAAAACUACUGCUGCUGCUGAAGCCAAGUAUCCAACUACUGUUGCUGCUGGAGCUGCUGGAACUGCUGGUGCCGAUGACGACUGUGUUCCAACCACCGUCACCACCACCGCUACCACCACUGCCUUACAAACCACCACUGCUUAUGUUACCGUUGGUGCUAAGAAUGUGGAGGAUAUCAAACAACGUUCCAAUGAAACCUCAGCAUCUGGCUCAGCAGGUUCUGCCUCUGUUGCUCAACAAUCUAAGAAUGCCGGUAAUAUCGUCACCGCCCCAGGUAGCUUGAUAACUGUCUUGGCUAUUGUUAUGGCUUCAUUAUUAUAAGAUGCUUGAUCUAUGACAAAAAAAUUGCAAAAUACCUUAAUACUUAAAAAAAGAAAAAAACUACAAAAUCCUUUAAAAGCUAAUGAUACACGAAAAUCUAUCUUCACAAAUGUAUAAUACUUAAUAUCUCUGAAUCUAUGCUUACAAUGGUUAUGGUAUCAAAACAAUUAGUUGGUUGUAUAUACCAUUUUCUUGCAAAGCAGGGUCUUUCCAAAAUAUACCUUUUAAUUACUUAUUUAACUUUCUAAUUCUCUGGUCACCCCUUUUUUAUCUUAUUUAAUUAAUUGAUGAUUAUUUCUACUUUUCGAUUACUUCAAUUUUCGGUGUCAUUAACGACAAUAUUUUUU